AUGGCCUCCCGACGCCGCUCGAGAUCCGUAUUCGAGGAGGAGGAAGAAGACGCCGCUCCAUCGUCCGGUGCCGAAGUGCCAAAACGCCAAAGGCGCGAUGACUCUGACGAGGAGGAGUUGCAAAAUGGAGACAAUGAGGAGGCGGACGAGGCAGACUUCACUAAGUAUGAAGAGGAUGAGGAAGACAAUCACCUGUCGCAAAUCAACCUGCGUACUCCGCCCAACGAGUACUCGCCGGGAGCUGUCGUACGUGUCAAAUUGGUCAACUUUGUCACCUAUGAAAAGGCCGUCUUCUAUCCAGGUCCCAAUCUCAACAUGAUCAUCGGCCCCAAUGGUACAGGCAAGAGUUCGCUGGUGUGCGCCUUGGCUUUAGGUCUCGGAUAUCCGACAAAUGUUCUAGGUCGAGCCACCAAAUUCAGCGAGUACGUUACCCAUGGUAAAAACUCGGCUGUCAUCGAGAUUGAGCUACAAAAACUCCCAAACGAGCGACAAAACCACGUCAUUCGCCUCGAGAUCACUCGAGAGAAUAAUAACCGACGUUUCUUCCUGCAGGGCAAGGACACAAGCCAGAAAAAUGUGCAAGCACUCGUGGCACGGUUACGAAUUGCCUGCGACAACUUGUGUCAAUUUCUCCCUCAAGAAAAGGUCGCCGAGUUCGCCGGCCUGAGUCCCGUCCAGCUCCUACACGAGACUUUGAGAGCUGCUGCACCUGAGCAAAUGAUGACAUGGCAGACACAGCUCAAGGAAGUGUUCAAGGACCAUAAGAUGGCCAAAACAAGGGUCGAAACCGAUGCCGAUCAGCUAAAGAACCUCCAAGAGCGUCAGCAAGGUCUCCAAGCGGAUGUUGACAGGUUAAAGGAGCGAGAGAAUAUCAACAACAAGAUUGAGGAUAUGAAGAAUGCGCGCUGCUGUGCCGAGUACAACAUUGCCCGCGAUCGAUACCAGGCACUGAAAAGGAAGAAGAAGGAUGCAGAGAAACGCCUCAAGGCCUUGGAGCGCUCCGCUGGACCUGCGCUUGAGGCCGUCAAUGACAAGGAGGAGUAUCGUGGCCGGAUCGAUAGGGUUCUAGAACAUCGCAAACGUGCCCUCAGGGAUUCCGAGAGUGCCGCUGAACAAGCCUCUCGUGCCGUGGAAGCAGUCGAGGAGAAAGUCACAGAGACGCAAAACAGUAUUGAGAAUGAAAGAAAGGCUUUUGGCGAUAAGAAGACCGAGAUUGGCAAGAUCCGUGCAAACAUCAACAAACAAGAAGCCGAACAUCGAAACGAGCCACCCCCUUUUGACCCUGUCGAAUGGAAUCGAAAGAUUCGAGAGAAGGAGCAUGCCAUGCGAGAAAUGCGUACCGAAAUAGGCGAAACAACGGAGAGGAGGGAUGAUGUCAAAGUACGGGGCAAGGAGGUCGUCGUCGAUCAAAAGUCUCUCCAAAGGGAACUUGAAAAACUAGACUCGCAAGAAGGCCAAAAGGCGAGUCGCCUCAAGUCACUCAACCACGAGGUCUAUGAAGCUUGGGAAUGGCUUCAGGGCAAUCUCGACAAGUUCGGAAAGGAAGUAUUCGGCCCACCAAUGCUCACCUGCUCGCUGAACGACGAACGCUACUCGAAACACGUCGAGUCGCUUCUGCAGAGGAACGAUUUUCUGUGCUUUACUUGUCAAGAUAAGAAGGAUCACAUGGCUUUGAGUGAAUUCUUGUAUAAGGAAAAGGGACUUUCUGUCACCAUUCGAACAUGUCUCACUGACUUUGAGUCGUUCAAGUCGCCUGUAUCACCAGCCGAAGCCAGCGCGCUUGGCUUCGACGGAUUUGCCAUUGAUUUUCUAGAAGGCCCGAAACCGGUUCUCGCGAUGCUCUGUUCCGAGAAAAAGCUACACAUGGCUGGCGUCGCCUUGAACGAAGUUAGUCGUGAGCAGUUCAACGCUCUCCAGAACAGCGAGAGGAUCAGCAGUUGGGCUACAGGCGACACAUUUUUCCGUGUAGUGCGGAGGAGAGAAUAUGGUCCAGAUGCAAAGACGACGAGUACACGACAGAUUGCUCCGGCCGUAUAUUGGACAGAUUCACCAGUCGACACUUCCGAAAAGGCCGACUUACAGAGAAGACUCGGUGAGAAAGCCGUACAGAGAAGAGACCUUGCGAAUGAAUACAAAGAACUCGACAAAGUUGUCACAGCCCUCCUGGAGAAGAGUGAUACACUGGAAGCUGAAGUGACACAAUUGAAAUCGGAAAAGUCUGAGCUGCAAACCGUUCACACGCGCUGGCAGACAAUACCGGAUCAAAUUGAAACAAACAAGGCGAAUCUUAAACGAGCACUAGCCACGAUGCAGGAGUGCAAAGCACGGGUUGCACAACACGAACGGAAAAGAGAUCAGCUCAUAAUCGAAAAAGCGAUGGCUGUGCUUGACCACAAGGAUAAGAUCUCACAGAUUCGAGAUGCCUAUUUGGACGUGCAGGAUGCGCAUUUAAGGCUCAUUGAGGCAGCGUCCGACGUCAGAGGAUUAAAGGAGCGCAAUGGCGAUAUUACCCGAGAGCUUGACGACAAGAGGCAAGAAAUUGCAAACUAUGCCAAUGAUGUCCAGCUAGAGCGCGAGAAUGCUCAACGGGCACAGGAAAAGGUUUCCCUCAUUGUCUCACAGGGAGGAGAGGGUGACCUCGAGCGUUACGAAGUCAUGGUUCAAAACAAGACCCUAGAUGAAAUUGACGACGAGGUCAACGCUGAGAAAGCCAAGCUCGAGCUGAUUCAUGCGGUCAACCCCACGGUCCUCCAGCAAUUUGAAGAGCGAGCCAAGAAGAUUGCCGAUCUGACAAAGGAGGCUGAGAAGUGGGGACGCAAGCUCGAUCGGCUUGAUGCACAAUCUAAGGAGUUGAUGGUCAAGUUCGAACCACAGCUUGAGAGGAUCGUCUCAAAAGUCAAUGAAGCCUUUGGGAAGAAUUUCGAAAGGAUCAACUGUGCUGGAGAAGUUAGUCUCCACAAGGACGAAGAUUUCGAGCAGUGGGCAAUUGAAAUCAGAGUCAAGUUCCGUCCCAACGAAGAACUCCAGCUGCUCAACCAACAUCGACAAUCAGGUGGUGAACGUGCCGUGUCGACAGUGUUUUACAUCAUGGCCCUGCAGUCCAUGGCGCAGGCUCCAUUCCGUGUUGUCGACGAAAUCAACCAGGGCAUGGACCCGCGCAAUGAGCGCAUGGUGCAUGAGCGAAUGGUCGAGAUUGCAUGUAAAGAGCAUACAAGCCAGUACUUUCUCAUCACGCCAAAACUUCUUACCGGUCUGGCGUAUGAUGACAACAUGCGUAUCCUAUGCAUCGCCAGCGGCAUACAUGUGCCCGAGAAUGGCCACAAGCUGGAUAUUGAUAAGCUGAUACGUCGUCAGCGUGCAGCCAAGAGUGGCCGUGUGAGCGCAUGA